AUGUCUUCGCCAUUCUGGAUCACGGGCGCUCUGCUCGGCGCGAGCUCUGUCGCGUUUGGAGCUUUCGGAGCACACGGAUUGAAGAGUCGAGGGAUUGAAGUAUCGAAGAUCACCAGCUUCCAAACGGCCGCUCACUACCAGGUAAAAAUGCGUCCUACCAUGUCAUGUAUGAAGCCAACUAUGAGACGGACGGACAGCUGAUUAUGAUCAUGAUUAGUUGAUUCAUUCGCUCGCUCUCCUGGUGGCGGAACAAGCCGCACCGAAGAAUGUGUGGGCGAAGAGUUUCUUCACGGCGGGGAUUGCGAUGUUUUCGGGGAGUAUUUAUCUGUUGGUGUUGGAUGGGCAGCGGUUUAAGGCUUUGGGGCCUGUUACGCCGGUUGGAGGGGUCUUCUUGAUGGCUGGGUGGUUGGCGUUGGCUUUUGGGACGAGGGGGAGGAUUGCGCUGAGGUGA